AUGGGGAAAGAAUUUUACAACGCCGAUGUACAGAAAAGCUUAAAAAAAUACAACGUUAAUCACUAUUCCACGUUGAAAGUGUCAGUGGUCGAGCGGUUCAAUCGCACGCUUAAAAACGACAUGUGGAAGAUGUUUACACUCUACGGCAAUUAUAAGUGGGUCGAGCUGCCGCGUCUUGUGCCAGAUUACAACUCGCGCAAGCAUCGCACCAUCAGCAUGCGACCCGCCGACGUAACUUCCGCGAUUGCCGAAAGACUCUUAGGCACAGGUUACACACCAAAUUGGACCACUGAGAUGUUUACGAUCUUUAAGGUGCCGCGUACCAAUUCCGUAACCUAUCUAUUCGAGGACUAUCGUGGAAAAUCCAUUGCUGGAGCGUUCUACGAGCACAACGUUACUAAUCUGGAUGUGAAUCUCGUGGAGAAAGUAUUGCGCAAGAAGGGCGACAAAGUGUAUGUCAAGUGGUUGGGAUUCGAUAGAUCGCACAAUUCAUGA